AUGGCCACCUCACGAGAUGCCCCGAACCCGCUGCGGCCCUACUAUAGACCCCCAUCCAUCGGACUCGCGCCAGACAGCGCCGCCAACGGCACCGCAUCGCAUCAUGCUUCAUCCUUCUCGAGGCCCAGUUUCGAGUCCAAGGCACGCGACAUCCUCUCCGACCUCGACUAUGGCGACUACAUGUCCGACGGCUCGCCCUCGGUGGCCGAUAUGGCGAAGAGGCUGGUUGAUCAGGCGUUGUGGGACUACACCACCGUCUUCCUCGGCCAACCGCUCGAAGUCGCAAAAACAAUACUUCAAGUCCACCAGGCCGCAGGACAGGCCCCGCCGGGGAUAACAGUCAAUACAGACGACGUCAAGAGCCGGCCGAACAGCUAUGCAAGUGGGAAAUACGAAGAUUAUCCAUCGGAUGAAGAUGAUUCGGACGCCGAUUCGCCCUCGUACUUCACCUCUACAGCGCCAAAUGUACGUUCAUUCUCCCCUACCGCCCAAAGGUCGCCGGAACGUCGUCGACAUGCGCCCAGUCGGUCAAACUCAUCGACACCAACGCCUUCAUCCACGAAGCCGCCACACAAGCUCGAAUUGCGGAGACCGGAUUCUCUGCUCGAAGUGUUGGCCCAGUUAUGGCAGAAAGAAAGUGCGUGGGGAGUGUGGAAAGCGACGAAUAUGACUUUUGUCUACAACUUCCUGCUCAAGACCUCCGAAAGCUGGACUCGAAGUCUGCUCUCCGCAUUGUUGAACGUUCCCGACCCCGGCCUGGUCAGUGGAGCAGCUUUAGGGCUAGGAAGCCUGGACAUUGUAGACAGUCCGAACCCCCUAGCAAGUCUAGCUGUUGCGGUAGCAGCCGCCGCAAUUGCAGGUCUAGCACUAGCGCCGCUUGACCUCAUCCGAACACGCCUCAUCGUAACCCCUACAAGCUCAACGCCUCGCAACAUAUAUCCUUCCGUGCGCUCUCUCCCCUCUUUGACGAUCCCGAACGCACUCCUCCCAAUCACCCUCCUCCACUCUUCCCUCCCUGUCCUCUUCUCAACCUCUGCCCCGCUAGUCCUCCGCUCCUCCUUAGGCAUCGACUCCGUCCUCACACCAGCCACCCACGCCCUCUCAUCCUUUCUUUCCUCAGCCGCCGAACUCUUCCUCCGCCUCCCGCUUGAAACCGUCCUCCGCCGCGGUCAGGUCGCCGUUCUCCAAGAAUCCGACACCAAGCGACUCAGCGAAGCUUAUCGAACCUUGCGUGCGAACCCGGGGAGCGAUGAUUCCGCCACUACGCGCAACUUCAAGACGAUUGUGGACGUCGGGCCAUACAAGGGCGUGCUGGGGACCAUGUGGUUCAUCGUGCGCGAAGAGGGCAUCACGUUCGUCGGGCCGGGCGGAGCGGCGGUGGCUGCGGCGAGCGUGCCGAACACGCCUGGUCUGGGCUUUGCAGCGCGCGCGAGGGUGCGGAAGGGGCAGGGUAUGCAGGGGCUGUGGAGAGGGUGGAGAGUCGGGUUCUGGGGGUUGGUGGGGGUGUGGGGAGUGUCUGCGUUGGGAGGUGCCGGGGGUGGGGAGUUUUGA